UUCCAUAUCUGCUUACAUUUUAAAUUGAAACCUGUUGAUGUGUUUAAAUUUCGAGUGCAGUAUCCAAGCGAAAGUUGGUAUAUAAAGAGUCCAAUUUUCAAUUCGGGCAAUUGUUCUCUUCGACACCAGCCAUGAUGAAACACUCGUUUGUUGCCGUUUUCUCUGUUCUAACUUGCAUCGUUUACGGUCAAUUGCCUGGCAAUCGUCCUUCCGUCGCGCAGAGCAAUGCGGCAAAGUUCUCUGUUGACAGAUUGCACUACACCGACGAACAGCCUCAAUUGCAGAAUCAAUUCGUUGUUGCGAAAAUUGAGUUUCUUGAAAUGACUGUCGCCGAUUUAGCCUUGGAAUUAAGAUCAUCUAGAAUAAUAACAGAUUUUUUCAUCAAAAAGCAAAGGGAAACCAAUCGAAAAGUUAUUUAUUUAGCCAACAAAUUAGCAACAAUGGAAAAAAUGGAAAACGAAUGGGCAGAAGCAAAAUCAUCUCUAACAGCUGUGCAAGCCGAUUUGCAGAAAACGAAGGAAAGUUUGGGACAAACGCUUAAUGAAUUGGCAGAAACGAAAUCAUCGCUUGAAAUUGUGAAAACUGAUUUACUAGGCACAGCGGAAACGUUGACGCAAACUAGAAACGAAUUGGCAGAAAAACAGUUGUUGAUCGAGGCUGUGAAAACCCAUUUGGAAGAUUUUUCGACAGAUGCUAUGGCUAAACUGUUGGCGUUGGAGGGGAAAAUUGAUGGGAUUGCUACCACCAGUUCUACCGCCGAAGUUUCCACGAACAUCGGUAGACUCCCCGGUUCCUGUGAAGAUCUAAAACUAAUUGGUUAUACAAAGAGUGGACUGUAUUCCGUAAUGGGAAGUAAACAAGUCCAAACCGUUUACUGCGAUUUCACAACACCAGCAGCUGGGGCGCCAGUUUUUCAGAAGUUGAUUGGUUAUCAAGACGUAAAAUCAAAUCCAGUAUACUUCUACGUCCAGAAAACCAGCGAUUAUUCGGCAACCUUUGUUCCGAUUCCGUUUGAACGUACCAUAAUCAACAUCGGAGGAGCCAUGGACGCAGCAAGCGGAAGAUUCACAGCGCCCGUUAGGGGAACUUACUUCUUUUCGUUUACAGGACUCGCGCAAUUUUCUGCCUCGAAUUCACCUCUGAGAGAGCUCAACGUAUUGAUCUAUCGAAACGGUCAAGCAGUGGCACGCAGUCAGUUGAACGAAGUCAACGGCAUUGCAAAUCCUUAUUAUUUGAGUCCGUUAACUGUUCAAUCUACUUUGACGUUGCAAGCCGGAGACAAAGUAUGGCUGCAGAGUGACAUAGUCAAUGGAGGACAUAUGUAGACGACUACGGUGAGGCCCGUUGCACUCACUUCAACGGCUGGCUCUUGGAAGAAGAAAUCGUCGCUUAGGCGUAAAGGGGGGGGGGGCGGCUGUAUUCUUGAUUAAUUAAACCUUAUUGUAGAUUCGUGUGUAACACAAGUUUGAAAAAAAUUUGCUUCAAGCAAUUUUCAGUCUAUCCAUAUCACAUUUCGAACCACACCCUUUUAUUUUUUACGAUUCCAGAGCCAUCAUUUCACUUGCAAUCGACACCCUCUUUGCGCGAGGCGGACACAGUGUCUCGCGCAAAAUUCAAAAAAAUACACCCACUUAAUGUAAGGCUGAUGGAUGCUUGUGAUUGGGAGGCUUUCGAGAUUAAAUGACAGCAUUUUGCUUACCCAUAUGUCCGUCUCGCCGGUUUCCACGCCCAGCUCCCUUUGAAAAAAAAAACAAUCAAAACAAACAAGCAAAUAACUGCCACGUCUGCCGAGAGGUUUUCUGGACACUAGAAAAUACCUUUUUCUCCAUACUUAAAAGGUAACAAGGUAACAAAACCUGUCGGCAGCCAAACGGCGUACCCGAUGCCCAGCAAAAGACAUCGAGCCAAGUGGAACCUGUUUUCAAGGGCAGAAUUCUAUCAAAUGGCAGACGGAUACAAAGAAAACAUCAUUGACCUUUUGUACACAGUCCACCGGUCACAACAGUGUAGACAGAAAAUUAAUAUUCGAAGGGACCGAAUGCAAAUAGCUGCACGAUGUCACGUGAUUAAACAUAGUAACGCGACACGAGUCCAUUUAGGACGGUAAAAGCGGGUAACAAUUGUUUUUUUUUUUCUUAACUAGAGGAAUCCCAUGACAGGUUAAGCUUAAACUUGAUUCAGGAAUGUGUUAUUAUCAUGAUCUGAUAUUUGCGCCAUGUCCUAAGAAACUACUAAAUUCCAUCAACAUCACCACUAGUCAGAAUUGAUGUUAGGAAGAAAAGUUAAGCAAAAAUGGGUGGAAUGGUAAGAAAAUAAUUUUAACAAAUAAGGUAUCUCAACCUCUGCCAUAUAGGCUCAUACCAUCCGCCAAUACAUCCGGGAAAUUCACAGCACCCGUUAAAGGAACUUACUUCUUUUCUUUUAGUGGACUUGCACAAUUUUAUGUUUCAACCGCAUCUCUCAUAGAGCUAAACGUAAUGAUUUACCACAAUGGUUAUGGAGUGGCACGUAGUCAGUUGAACGAAGUGAACGGCAUUGCAAACCGUGAUCAUCUAAGUCCAAUAAGUGUUCAAACCCUGCUAGCGCUGAAAGCCGGAGACGAAGUCUGGGUGCAGAGUAAUAACAUCAAUGGAGGGUUUCUAUUCGACAUCACUAUAGAACCUAGCACACAUUUUAACGGCUUGCUUUUAGAAGAAGAAAUUGAUGUCGCUUCAUUGUAGGGAAGCGUGAGUUCGUGCAAAGCGUAGGUUUUUGACAGUAUACUACGGGCGCUAAAA